CCCAUCCAUCAUUCCAGUCCCCGCCAACAACCCUUUCCCACGCCCUCUCCCUCCUCGCUCUGCAUCGGUCUGAAGACCGGCACUGCCAGACCUCAACCCCGGUGUUGAUAUCGUCGGGAGGGCGGGUAAGGCCGGCUGGUGUGCCUCCGCUGCCAAAAUCUGGCCAUGGAAAGCACGCCCCCGGCCGGAUCCAGUCUGAGCUAGCUAGUUCCACGUCGUUGGUCUCGGUCAGAUCCCACGACCCCGCGGUGACCGCCGUGCCUACUCUCGCCGGAGGAGGCAGAUCUUCUGUCUAGGAGGCUUCGCUUCAGUGCUUUGCGCCAGACCUCGGGUCUGAUAAAAUCUGUGCUGCCGCUUCUUGCUUAUGAUUGCAUACCAGUGGAUGCCGUGCAUAGAGGCAACUUUUUCGGCCGGGCAUUCUGUUUCAUCCAGGAGGUCCAAGUUAGCUGAUAUGAUAUGACUACACCAAAGCAUAUAUCAUUAAGUAUCUUAGAAGAGAUUACCAACGGAUUCUCAGUGGGCUCAAGAAUUGGAAGGGGCGGGUUUGCAGAUGUUUACAAGGGAGUUUACAAUGGGAGAGAUAUUGCUGUGAAGUUGCUUCUUGUUGAUGCAGCGCGAGGAAUUGAUGACCAACAGUUUAAAAAUGAAGUUGGUAACCUUUUGAGGGCUAAGCAUCGAAAUAUUGUACAGUUAGUCGGUUAUUGUUAUGAAACAAAGAAAAUAUUUGUUGAGCGCAAUGGUGAUUUUAGCGAACAUAUAUAUAAAGCAAUCUGCUUUGAGUACUUGCAGGGUGGAAGCCUAGACACGCGUCUUCAUGACCAAUCUUUUGCACCUAAUUGGAGCACACGUUACAAUAUUAUAAAGGGGGUCUGUGGAGGUUUAAAUUUCCUUCACAAAUGUGUACCACAAAUUUUGCAUCUUGAUUUGAAGCCCGCUAAUAUAUUACUAGACAGUUCCAUGGAGCCUAAAGUGGCGGAUUUAGGAUUGUCAAGGCUCUUCACUCAAUCAUACACUCAUGUCACAGAAAAAGCCGUAGGAACCCGGAAGUACAUGCCACCAGAAUUCAUAAAAUAUUGCAUAAUCUCACCUAAGAAUGAUGUUUUUAGUUUGGGUGUUGUAAUGAUAGAGAUAAUGACAGCACCUGCAAGUUACUCUAAUUAUCUUGAAGUGGGCAAUGUGGCACAAUUAAUGCAGCAGGUACUUACCAACUGUACUAUGGUUGAAGCCACAUCAAAUUACCGAUCAGAGGAAAUACGUCAGCUGGAGACGUGUAUCAAAUUAGCAAUACGUUGUGUGGAUUCUGAAAGAGAUAAUAGGCCCUCUGUAGCAGAUAUCCUGGAUACCCUGAAUGAGACAGAAACUCGUAUUCCCAAGAGACAGUUGACAGAUGUGCCCCUUUAUCCGGCAACUGGUCCCAAAUAUACAAUGGGUAACACGUUGAAGACGACGAGAGAUGAGCAGGACAAUAUAACAAAUGAACACCAGAACUGCAGUUCCAUGGCAAAAGAUAAUAACUCUAAUUUGCAGCAAGUUGGUGAUAUACGGGAGACAACAUCGUCCAUGAAAGAAGCAUUAAUCAUCGGAAGGACCAAAGAAAAACAGAAAAUAUUGUCAAUUUUAUCUGAGAGCAGCACACAAGAGAUCACAUUCCUUCCGAUAUAUGGUAUUGGAGGCAUUGGGAAGACAACCAUGGCACAAUUGGUUUUCAAUGAUCUCCAGUUCAAAGAGUACUCUCGGGUUUGGACCUAUGUUUCCCAGACAUUUGAUAUGAAGAAAAUUGGGAAUUCUAUAAUAACACAGCUAUCUGGUAACAAGAGUGAGCAUACUGAUCUUCAGAUGAUAGAAAAUAGCCUACAAAAACUCCUUUCUGGUAAGAGGGUUCUAAUCAUCUUAGAUGACCUGUGGGAGAGGCAAUCAUCUCAGUUAAAAAAGUUGGAGGGUAUGCUAAAGCUGGGUGAAGGGGGCAAAGUGGUGGUGGUAGUAACCACACGAGAAGAAUCUAUAGCACAGAAUAUUCACACAGACACAGUGGAGCCAUACAAGCUAGCUCCCUUGACAGAUGACAUUUGUUGGACUAUCAUAAAAAUUAAAAGUUCAUUUGAAACUAGGGCUGAAAGAGCGCAGUUAGAGUUGAUCGGAAAGGAAAUUGCAAAGAAGUGUGGAGGUCUAGCUUUAGCAGCCCAAUCUAUUGGGUAUACGUUGGGCAACAUGGAAUUUGAUGAAUGGGUGUCGGUGAACAACAGUGAGAUCUGGGAUGUUCUUGCCACAGGAGAAUAUUCACCUGAUCAUGUGCAUGCAUCCUUACAGCUAACCUAUCACCGUAUGGAUCCAUACUUGAAGUUAUGCUUUGCUUAUUGUGCAACCUUUCCAAAAGGUCACUGGAUGGCUAUAGAAGAUCUAAUUUACCAAUGGAUUGCUCUUGGACUUGUUGAGCCAUCAAGGACAUUCUCUAAUAUACAAACCGGUCAUAAAUAUAUUCGUCAUCUUUUUGGCACGUGCUUCAUUGAACAUCCUUCUUGGUCACAAUCGACUAGUUACUAUUCAUUGUUCAUGAAGCCUGACAAUUUCUUGAUCAUGCAUGACCUGGCGCAUGAUCUUGCAAGAUCAGUUCUGGCUAAUGAAAUUAACAUAGAGAGUCCUUCCUGCCGAUAUGCAUGGCUGACAGAUCAUAGAAAGCUAUUUAAGUCAUCAAUGAAUCCACUUGCUAAGUUAUUUAAGUCAUCAAUGGAUCCACUCACCAAGAUAAGGGCACUGCAUUUUAUCGACCGUGGCUCCUUGCAGCUUCAUGCUGAAGCAUUAUCAGGAGCUAAAUGCCUAUGUGUCUUGGAUUUAAGCAAAUGUUGUGCACAAGAGUUACCUGAUUCUAUUGGUCAACUAAAACAGUUGAGGUAUCUCGAUGCUUCAUGGAACGUCGAUGUACCUGAACCUCCUGAAUACCCAGAUCCGCCGGAGUCUACAAUGAUACCGAAAGCUCUGGGUUCCCUUAACAAACUCCAAUAUUUGAAUUUAUCAUUCCGCCGAAGACCCAUAGGGCUGCCAGAGGUCAUCAGAAAACUCACGGAACUCAGGUAUUUGAAUACAUCAUUUUGUGAGGGUUAUUAUUUAUUGGACAGCCCAUCAGCAAACCAAAGUUUCAUUGACUGUAUCGGUACCCUUCCCAAUCUGGAGCAGCUGGACAUGUCUUGGAAUGACUAUGUUUUUUGUGUGCCUGAAAGUUUUAGCAGACUAAAGAAGCUGAACCUCUCCGGCUGCAAUCAGAUUUCUAGCCUUCCAGAAAAUGUGGGGAAAGUGGAUAUUCCGAGGCUUUUUGGCUUGUUGGACCACCCACUGGAAAAUGAUGGGUUUCACGUGCGUCCGGUUGAUAGUGGAUCUGGCAGCAGUCUUGUCUGGCUUAAGCAUACAAAUCCUGAUGUGUUGUGUAUCGACGAUCUUCAAAAUGUGAAGUCUGUAGAAGAGGCACGCAGUAUAAGGUUGAUGGAAAAAAACAGAAUUGAAACACUGUCAUUGAAGUGGCAUGGUGGCAUGGAACACAUCGAGUUGCUAACAGUGCUAAUGCCACCAAGCUCUGUAAAGAAUUUAGAUAUAAGGGGUUACAUGGAUGACAUCUGCCCGCACUGGUUUAUGCAUAUAGGCCAAUAUCUUCCUAAUCUUGUGAGCUUGGAGCUGUGUCAUUUUCAAUGCAACAGCCUACCAACACUUGUCCAACCACCCAACUUACGCAAGAUUGUUCUCCGCCAUAUGGAAAACCUAGAAAAGUUUAACAUAUUGGCUAAACUUGAGCAUCUAGAAAUAUACGAUUGCCCCAACUUGAGGUUUAAACUGUGUCUGCCUAGAGCAGUGUACUGGUAUAUAUCCAGGUCUGACAAUGUGCUAUCAUGGGGACAGUGUGCCUGGAACACAGCCUCAUCUUGUCCUGUGAGUGAACUUAAAGUUGACUCAGAGUUGCCUUUGUGUCAUUGGAGUUUGCUUCACCAGCUACGUGGUCUUCGUGAUUUAGCUAUCUACGGUUGCAAGGAUCUGACCAUCCCAUCAUGGAGGACCCGAUCCUUCACCUCCCUCGAAUCACUGUUGUUAUAUGGAUAUCAUAUUCAUAAAUUGCCAGAAUGGUUGGGUGAGCUCACUUCUCUUUGGCGACUGAAUUUAUGCCUGGGCAACCUACAGGAAUUGCAUAAGAACAUGAGGCAACUUACACAGCUGCAAUCGCUCAGUCUAGAGAAGUGCAAUAAGUUGACAUCACUACCGCAAUGGUUAGGAGAACUCACCUUGCUCAAGACACUUAAGCUCUAUGGUUGCAAUGGCAUCAUUUCUUUACCGGAGAGCGCAAUCACCAACCUCCAAGAACUUCGUAUUUCUGUUUGCCAUGUAUUAUUUGAAUGGUGUAAGUUAGAGAAGAACAAGAUGAAACUAGCUCACAUCAAAGAAAAGUCCUACUCAGACAGCGGCCAGGAGGGAUGUGAGGAGGAUCUAGGAUGAGUUUCAAAAUCUUGUGGAUGCGAUCUGGGUGGCAUGUUGAUGAUCCUUGGAGCUCUUCUGAUGCCACAAGUGGAGACCUUCACUUAGGAUCACAAGGCUUUGGUGAUCUUCAUUCACAUGUUUUGUUGCCUUUACAUGCUGUGAGUGGAAGGUUAACCUGCUGCUGUACAGUGGUACUAAUCUGUGAUUUCUUCGUAUCUAUCUACCUGAUGAAUUCUAGUCAUUUGCCAUGGUCCCUGCUGUUAUCUAUGGAUGGAAGCUUAACUUGCUGGUGGACAAUAAUAUGAUGAUCUUGCUCUGGAAAUCGAGAUAAAACUGACGCAAACAAUUCAGUUUCAUUCCUAUACUCCCUAACCAACGAGUGCUCAGCUGAUGCCUCCGUUUCAUAUUAGUUGUGUUUGUACUAAAUUAGCGACUAACUAAUAUGGAAUCGAGAGAAUAUGCAUUGGAAAAUGUAUUAAUGAUAUUGCUUGAUUUGUCUUGCAAAAUCCUUUCAUUUCAUAUAUCUUCAUACUAAUUGUGUAAAUAUAUUGUAAGUACAAAUCAUAGUCAAAUUUGUAAAUCAUUGACCAGUGAAAUUUAAGGACACCUUAUAUUUUGGGACA